GUAGGGCGUAACUUUCAAUACAUACCGAGGAAGCAAGUCAGCUCUAAAAUAGUUUUGAGUUGCUGUCGUUUUGUGUAGGGUUUGGAAACAAAGUGAUUAACAUUCGGUGUUCUAAUAGCAUUUAGAAACCCCUUUUUUAACGCAAAGACCUCAGUCUUGUUGGACUUUUAUUUUGCUAAUAGUUGAAACGGUGGACAUGCCUUUCUCCCGCAUGUGAUCGUGCGGCAUAUGCUGAACCAAUCUCCGCCCCGCUUGGUUCCGGCGUUGUUUGGGGACAUUAGGAAGAUGGCGGCUGCCCAGCUGUACUGUGUCUGCCGGCAGCCUUACGAUGUGAACCGGUUUAUGAUAGAAUGCGACAUCUGUAAGGACUGGUUUCACGGCAGCUGCGUUCAGGUGGAGGAGCACCAUGCUGUGGAUAUUGACGAGUACCAUUGUCCCAAUUGUGAAGUCCUCCAUGGACCCUCCUUGAUGAAAGAGCGCAAUAAUUGGCAUCGACAUGACUACACAGAGCCAGAUGAUGGAACCAAGCCAGUGCAGGCUGGGACAACUGUGUUUGUUCAGCAGCUCCAGGCUAGGACUUUUGCCAGUGCAGAUGAAAUCCUAUUAAAGAUGCAUGGGAGUCAUGUAACCCAGAAGUAUUUGGAGAGAGAGGGCUUCCACUACCCCAUUGCAGUGCCUGAACUGGAGGGACUGGGCCUUAAAGUCCCACCCCCAUCUUUCUCUGUGAAAGAUGUUGAACGUUAUGUAGGUGGUGACAAAGUCAUCGAUGUCAUUGACGUUGCCAGACAAGCUGACAGCAAGAUGAAACUUUGCGAGUUUGUGAAGUAUUACUACCAGCCAGAACGGCCAAAGGUGUUGAAUGUCAUCAGCCUGGAGUUCUCAGAUACCAAGAUGGCAAAUUUGGUGGCGGUGCCAGACAUAGCUCAGAAGAUGUCAUGGGUUGAGAACUACUGGCCUGACGAUUCAUUCUUCCCCAAGCCGUUUGUGCAGAAGUACUGUCUGAUGGGGGUGCAGAACAGCUACACUGACUUCCACAUAGACUUUGGAGGCACAUCUGUUUGGUACCAUGUGCUUUGGGGAGAAAAAAUUUUCUACUUGAUUAAGCCAACCAAGGCUAACCUUGCACUAUAUGAGGCGUGGAGCUCAUCUCCCAACCAGAGUGAAGUGUUUUUUGGAGAGAAAGUGGACAAGUGCUACAAAUGUGUAGUACGGCAGGGAACCACCCUUCUCAUCCCCACAGGAUGGAUCCAUGCUGUUUUGACCUCUCAAGACUGUAUGGCAUUUGGGGGAAACUUUCUUCACAAUCUUAAUAUAGGCAUGCAGCUCAGGUGUUAUGAGAUGGAACGACGUCUGAAAACCCCUGAUCUCUUUAAGUUCCCCUACUUUGAGGCCAUCUGCUGGUAUGUGGCCAAAAACCUUCUUGAGACCCUAAAGGAAUUACGAGAAGAUCAUUGUCAGCCAAAGGCCUACUUGGUGGAAGGAGUGAAAGCUUUAAUCAGUGCACUGAAAACCUGGCUGCGGAGAGAGCUGAAUGAGCCAACAAGUGAGGUUCCAGAUAACAUUAGGCCAAACCAUCUUAUCAAAGAGCUUACUAAGGAAAUCCGUCACCUGGAGGAUGACCAGAGUAAUGCACCAGGACAUAAGCACACAGUCAAGUCUCAGGGAAGUGCAGAGUGCCCAUUGACACGCUCAGCACUGGAACGUGGAUGCCAGGCAAAGCGGGUGGCACGACGGCUAAGGGAGCACCAGCACCAUCACCAUCACACACCCAAACCACCCUCAAAUCUAGAUAUCCUGGAGUUGCACACACAGGAGGUCCUGAAGAGGCUGGAGGUCGGUCUACUGGAUGAGGAUCCUGGCUUUAACUCUAAAGUGAAUGGAAAAUUUAACAAAGUUUGCACAGCUUCUGCAGCAGCCAUGGAGAGUAGUCAUAACAACAACCUUCGUCUGUUGCUUUGCAAUGGAAGAAUUGUUCGAGAUGGCAGGCAUUGCGUGCCAAAGAACAGUACGCUGAAACAAGAAAAAGAAAGUAGAAAGACUUUGGCACCCCAACAGAAGGAGAUAAAGACUGAGAGGGUGGAAGUGGAGCAACACAGCACCAUGGGUCAAUAUGAGAACCCUACCAACCAGAGUUUGCAUAAGCACAUUCAUACAGAACUCAGGAGAAAAACUUCAAAGCACCCUUGUGUCUCAGAUGGGGAAUCUCAGGAUGGAAGCAGCGCAGAGCACAAAGACUCCUCAGAGGAAGACUCAGGGAGUUCAGAAGAGGAAAGAGAAGAUGGAGAAGAGGAGAUGAAACAGCAGACAAGCCGGCAACACAGCCAACAACUCAAAUCACUCAAAAGAGAACGUCCUACCUCACCUACCACAGAAGAAGCCAUUCAAGGCAUGCUGUCCAUGGCUGGAUUACUGUGUCCACAGACACCAGAAGGCACUGGUUCUCAAGAGCCGUGGUGGCUAAGCUUAACUCACAGCUCACCUGAAUCUACAGAGGAGCAUCAACAAAGCAGUCAAGAUGCUAAAGGAUUUAUGGACAGUCAAGGCAAUAGUAGCAGUGAGGCCUGGGACAACCAUGGGCUCUCGUUAAGCCAUCACAGUCCCCUAAGUCAAGACGGCAGUCCAGGAGCAGACUACGAAUACCGAGAGAGUUCCCUGUCCCCUCCAUUACACCCAUCAAAGAGGCACGCUUCCAACCCUUCACCGAUCAGCAACCAGGCAACUAAAGGAAAGCGUCCUAAAAAAGGAAUGGCAACAGCUAAACAAAGGCUGGGGAAGAUCCUGAAGCUAAGCAGACAAAAUCAUCUCUUUGUUUAAUAUUGUGGAAGACAAUGAAGAAGCUUUAGUAUUUGGAGUUCCAGCUUUCCCUGGAAUACACACAGACAUUCGAGAUAGCUUUUGUUUAUUUCACCUCUCGCUCACUCAUACGCACUCAUACACUAAGCAUGCUUGGAAGACAGGGUAUAUUGAGUUACCGGAGCACCUUGCCUCAUGUCACAGAAAAAGAUUCAAUGUUAAUUGGAGACCCGUCGUCUAAUAAUCACCCGGAGUUUAAAAGAGAUCCUUUGUCAGUUUGUCUUGCAAAAGUGGCACUUAUUCAAACGCUGUCUUAGUGGAAAAUCCUGCCUGGGAUUCAACCAGAACCUGAAACUGUUUGCAUUUACAUUUCAACCCCGCAUCUCCGGAACACCUCUCUCUGCUCCCAUGAAUAAGUGUAGCACUAAGUGAAAAAAAUCAUUGCUUUCAAGACGUCGACAAUGUUGAGAGCUGGUUGUUUGGCCUGCUGUUGCCUGACACUGGGACAAGAUCGCCUGACUCUUAAGUGGCUUUCCUUUUUUUUCUUUAUUUAUUUAAUCUUGCAAGGCCCUUUGAAGGGAGUCCGGGUUAAAGACUGAUAUUUCUUGAUGGUGCUGAUUAUUUGUACAUCCUGCUAUAUCCCCUUGUCCUCAAAACCAGCAAUAAUUGUGUGGUGUUUACUGGAGACUUGAUCUUUUUUUCUUCUUCUUCUUUUAUGGCAGCACUCUCAUUUAACAAGUCUAACCAAAGAUCACUGGUCAGCAGUGUGUAACUAGCAAUUUUUUCUUUGAAAUUACAUCUUAAGUUCUUAAGGUGCCAACCCUAAUUGUUCUAAAUGAUGGUCUGUUAAUGUUAACACAGACACAAAUCUUGUGAAUAUUAAGACCAUAUUUAACUAUGACAGGAAUUUGAGGCCAAGAUGAUGCUGUGUCUAAUUGCAUACUGUUAUGCCUCCAGGUGGCCGAGGAAAGACUAUAAAUGAAAGUGCUGCCUGACAAAGAAAUGUGUCAGUUGUAGCAUAUAAGUAAUGAAUGAGUGAUUUGUUAUUUUUGAGCAUUAGAUGUGUGCACUGGAAAAAUUGAUUGAGUUUUGUGCUUAUAGAUUUUUUUCCCUAAAUGUCUGUUUGCUUUGUUUUGUUUGUUUGGCUGUUAACUUAUUUAUUAAUUUGAGUUAAAUAAUGAUAUACAAUACAUUAUGUGCUUCCUUAUUUGGUGUCUGUAGUUCACAGGCCGGUGUUUCUCCAUGAUUUUACUCCUUUUGUAAAUAUUAACUUGAAGAUCAUAAAUUCAAGCUAUCACACAUUACAGUUCUAUAUAGUUAAAUACUAAGCCACAGUACUUUGCAUUAGAAACUUGUCAAGGUUCGCUAACAAAUUUCCCAAACAUUUCUGUCUGGGAAGUCAUAGCCAAGACUCGAAUAAUAAAUUGAUUUUACUUAGGGGGUUUCAGAAAGUAAGAGUGUUGCUAAUGAUCCAGAAGAUUUUCUUUAGUUAAUUUACAUUCUGCUACACAGCAUGCUGUUGUACUGGCAGACUCUCCAAAGCUAUUGUGAAAUCCUGCCUUCCUGGAUGAACAGGGAGGUUUUCAAUGAAAAAUAGUUGAUCAUCUGCCUAAUCACCAGCUGAUUGUUUUCCAUGAGGGUAUUUUGUAUAAUACUGAUGAAAUGUCCUCUCCUGUGGGAUCUACAGUCUUUCUCAGGGAACUGUUCCUUUGUUGUGGCAUAUUUGAUGUCAUCACCAGCAACAUCAUAAGCUGUGAUCUUCUCAUAUGUUCCUUACUCGUUUUACCUCAUUCAGCAGUAGAGGUUCCAUACCACUCAUUAUUAAGUUCACCCCAAUUCAGAAAACCAGUCCUCUCACAUUCUGCAUUACUGAGAGUAUGUGCAGUCAGCCAUGUAAUUUUAAUCUACAGUUUUGAUUGGAAAAAAAAAAAUCUCAUGAUUAGUGCUACCUUUGUUGAAAUUUGCAAUGUACUGUCUCCUCUGCAGUGGGAAGAUUUACCUGUCAUUUUGUGGAACUGGCCUGCAGGCAGGAAUCCUCACGUGAUUUAUUGUACAGUAUUUAUUGAACUUUGGGAUACAGAGCGGUUUACCAUUUGUGGUAUGGGUUGAGCAUCACUGUGGUCAAUUUCCUUUAUUUUAUUCCACUGACUCCCUGAUGACCCCUAAUAAUGUCUACAGAUGAACAAUGUCAAGGUGACAAAUGUUUUCACAUGCAAUGUAAAUGUCACUGUAUUUGAGAAAAAAAUUACUUGUAAAUAUGUGUUGAAUAAUUUUAUUAAUCACUUUUAUUAAUCACAGUUUUACCUCUGAUUUGACAAAGUGAGAAAUAAAACACUAUUGGCAGAAUCAAA